UAAAUAGCUUCAAAAUAAUGUAUUGUUUCACUGCGUUGUCAAAAAGUUAUAUGCUUACUUGUUUAUUCUGAAUCAUUAUUCAGCAUAGUCACUGACUGUAGUGGUAGUGUUAGCAGUGUUCGGCUAGAUUUAAGCACCGCCUACUCAGUCUGCUCGUGAACAAGCGAUUCGCGCGGAGUUGGGGAUUUUUUAAAACCCCUUUGUCAUCCAUUACUAAACUAGUUGAGACUAGUGUCGAGUUAGUAAACGUGUCAACAAAAUAGAAAAUGAAAUUGCUCUGGCUUUCACGGGUUGCAAGAGUUACCUCCCGAAUUCUGAAAAACUCAGAUCCUCUCAGGAGACAGAAUCUCAACCCAGCCGCCACAUUCUCAUCUACCAACUCACUUUUGGAACCCACACGCGAUUUCCGUGUCAUCUACGGUGACAUCAACGACCUCCCCAACAAAGUUCGUCACUAUGUGGAGGAAAACGUCCGUCUCUGUAAGCCGGACACUGUCCACAUCUGUGAUGGCUCAGAGCGAGAGAAUGAGCUGCUGACUUACAUUCUCCAGAAAGAUGGAAUCAUCAAAAAGUUACCCAAGUACAACAAUUGCUGGUUGGCGAAAACUGACCCAGCAGAUGUUGCUCGCGUUGAAAGGUUAACCUACAUAUCAACUGAGGUCCAGCGUGACACAGUUCCCUCACCUAAGAAUGGUGCCAAAAGCCAACUUGGCAACUGGAUGGCACCAGAUGAUAUGGACAAUGAAUUAAACAUGAGAUUUCCAGACUGCAUGAAAGGGCGCACAAUGUUUGUGAUUCCAUUCAGCAUGGGACCAGUUGGGUCACCCCUCUCAAAGAUUGGCAUUCAGCUGACAGAUUCUGCUUAUGUGGUUGCUAGCAUGAGGAUCAUGACCCGUAUGGGGAGCAACGUUCUGUCAGCUCUCAACGACAACAAUUUCAUCAAAUGUCUUCAUUCUGUUGGCAGGCCUUUGCCUCUUACUUCACCCCUGCACAACAACUGGCCAUGCUAUCCCAAAAUGACACUGAUCGCACACAUACCUCAGAGAAAUGAGAUCUGCUCAUUUGGGAGCGGUUAUGGUGGGAACUCACUUCUUGGAAAGAAAUGCUUUGCCUUGAGAUUAGGGUCUAUCCUUGGCAACAGAGAGGGCUGGUUAGCUGAACACAUGCUGAUUUUGGGCAUUGAGAACAAAACAACCGGAGACAAACGCUACAUCGCUGCCGCCUUCCCAAGUGCCUGUGGGAAGACCAACCUGGCCAUGAUGACCCCCACCCUCAGCAAUUACAAGGUCACCUGUGUAGGAGAUGACAUUGCCUGGAUGAGAUUUGACGACAAGGGUCACCUGCGUGCCAUCAACCCAGAGGCUGGUUUCUUUGGAGUUGCCCCAGGUACAUCAAGAAAAACAAACCCCAUCGCCAUGGAAACAAUCAAAUCUAAUACCAUCUUCACCAAUGUGGCUGAGACAAGUGACGGUGGUGUCUUCUGGGAGGGCUUGGAGAAAGAGAUUGACACCAACGUUAAGAUCCGCUCCUGGCUAGGGGAUGAGGACUGGAAGAAGGAAGAAACAGACAGACCAGCUGCCCAUGCCAACUCAAGAUUCUGUACCCCAGCCGCACAGUGCCCAAUCAUGGACCCUGCCUGGGAGGACCCAGAAGGUGUUCCUAUUGAUGCCAUCAUAUUUGGAGGCCGCCGCCCAACUGGGGUCCCUCUAGUGUAUGAAGCUUUCAACUGGCAGCAUGGUGUCUUUGUUGGCGCCUCAAUGAGAUCUGAGUCCACAGCAGCUGCUGAACAUGUUGCUAAACAGAUCAUGCAUGAUCCCUUUGCCAUGCGUCCAUUCUUUGGCUACAACUUUGGCGACUACUUAAAACACUGGCUGAGCUUUGGCAAGAAAGAUGGUCUGAUCCUCCCCAAAAUCUUCCACGUCAACUGGUUCAGGAAGGGACCCAACAACAACUUCCUCUGGCCAGGUUUUGGAGACAACGCCAGAGUCUUGGACUGGAUCGUGCGCAGGUGUAACAACGAAGACGUCGGCAAGAAAACUGCCAUUGGAAUGGUGCCCAAGUUUGACUGCUUCAAUGUUGAUGGCCUGGAAGAGCCUGUAGAUCUGGAAGCUCUUUUCAGCCUGCCGAGGGAAUUCUGGGAGAACGAGGUCAAUGCCAUUUACAAGUACUUUGAUGAGCAAGUCAAUGAGGACCUGCCACCAGAGAUUAUGGCGGAGCUGCGCAACUUGGAACAGAGGAUCCAAAAUGAGUUAUAAAUAGUCUUUCAUUAAUGGGAAUGUUCCAUUUUGUUUAUACUUUUCCCUUUGAGCAUUUUUAUUGUUACAGAUGUAAUUAAAAUGAGAUUAUAUGUGGGUUGUUUAAUUGAAAUGUUAUUUUGAAAUUAUGAUUUACACUUGUUAUUAAAUGUGUAUAUAGCCUAUAAGAUUGAAUCUUAAACUUGAAUAAGUGAAAAUGUUUUUUUUUGUUUUGUAAGCUUAUUCAAAGUUUUUUAUUGUUUGUGUUCAAAUGACUCAGGAUUAGAAUGAUAGUUUUUAAUAAACUUCCCAUUUUAAAAGUACAUUUUGUAUAAGAAUUACUUGGUUGCCAAACUUGUCAUGAAUAAAUGUUAGAUAUGCGGAGCUCAGGAUUAAUACAUUUUUCUGUACAUGUUUGAAACUGUGAUAACUAGCUUAGUUGUCUGUUAUUGUUUCUAUUCCACUUUGUAAAAUGGUACCCUGUGCUUAAAAUAUAGCUUACAUUACUCUUAGCUUAUGGGUGAAUGCUUACUUCAGUUAAGUAAUUGCCUGUCUGUAUAUUUGCUAACUGGAAAAAUAUUUUUGUAGCUUGAUUAAUCAUUUUGUUUGUAUAAAGUGUUACUUCUUUUAUAUCACAUUUUGUAUUUUAUUUAUACAUAUUUGUAAUUGUUUACAAAAUAGAAUUCCAAGUAAGUUUGAUAUUUCUUAAUAAUGAAUCAAUAAAUGAGUGCUCAUAAGUCAACAGAUAUUCUCAGCACUAAGUGCUUUUUGGGAGAUUUUUUUUAAACUGCUAAAGCUUAAAUAGCUAUAUUAUAGUCAGCUGAUUGUUUUAAAUGUUUAUAUUAAACAACCACAGCUAAGCUGAUUUUAAAAAUUAUAGCGCUCAAUUCUAUUUCUAUAUAGGUUGUGAUAAAAACAGGUGUUUUUUUUUUUUUACUUAUUUGUAAAAUUAAAGAAUGAAUGAUAUUAUUGAAACUUUGUGGUACUUAGUAACUCCUAAUGGACCACAUGGGAGUAGUGUCCCUGUUUAUGUCAUGUGUAGAGAUUUGGGUCAGGCACCUUGUAAAUAUGUUCCAUCCCUGAUUCCAGAAUGUUCACCGGUAUCUUUGCCAUAGCUUGUACAUAGUAAAUACUGUUGUUUCAGCCCUGCCUUAUGUACAUUUGUUUUAGAGUACUAUAUCAUUUGUUCAUACAUAGAGGGAAGAAAUAUGAAAAAAAAUCUAAAAGUUUACCCUAAAAAAUAAUAAAAUAAAAAUAAAACUUUA